UCGCCUCUCGUAUUCGCUGUCGUCAACACACGCGCACGCAACGGCAACGGCAGCUGAACAGGUUUCAAAAAAAAUCUAUUUGUCGAGUCGAGAGACUCGAUCGGUCCAGGUAAAAGAACGCGCCGUGUGUUUCAGUCAAGCGUUGGCACUGAACCGGGUAACAAUCUUUCACUCCUCCGCUCCGGCACCGACUCUACGUACAAAAUACUUACGUCGCGUCCACUCUCCCAACAGUGUAGAGCAAAUGGAAAGUGCUUAGAGUUCGAGUUCAUCUUCAUUCAUAAAACUGUUUCAAGUUUUUUACAUGUGAAACAAACACAAACAACACAAGUGCCGAGCCGUGUGAUCAAGCUAUAAUAUAAUAUAGCAAAUCGAUAAGCUAAAUUAAUACGAUGCACAACAAAUCCAAAUCAAUAUCAGUGCGUAUGCUAAUGAUGAUUAUGCCUCAUUUAUAGUGCGCUAAUUGAACGUGAAAUUGCCAUAAAAAAAUAGCCAGGCCAAAUGCCAAAUGCCAAACUAAACAAACCCAGCAAUUGACAAGCGAAUCUAAGAAUAUAAUCAAAAAUCAAAAUAGCAAAUAAAAUAAAACUGACUAACUGGUCAGCUCUAGUAUACCCAACCGUAUCAACAAUAAUAUUUGUGUGAGAAAAAAAUAAAAAACAAAAUCAAAAAACUUUAUCAUGGAUUUAAGUUAUAUAUUUAUCGUCUGCCUGCUGGCGCUAUGCAGCGCCGACGCCGAAAGCAAACAGAAGUCGGGCAGAGGCCGAGGCUCCAUGUGGUGGGGCAUCGCCAAGGUCGGCGAACCCAACAACAUUUCACCCAUCAGCACGGGCAUCAUGUACAUGGAUCCCGCCAUACACUCGACGCUGCGCCGCAAGCAGCGACGCCUGGUCCGCGACAAUCCCGGCGUGCUCGGCGCCCUGGUCAAGGGCGCCAACAUGGCCAUCAGCGAGUGCCAGCACCAGUUCCGCAAUCGUCGCUGGAACUGCUCGACGCGCAACUUUCUGCGCGGCAAGAAUCUGUUUGGCAAAAUCGUCGAUCGAGGCUGCCGUGAGACGGGCUUCAUCUAUGCCAUCACCAGCGCGGCUGUGACCCAUUCGAUAGCCAGAGCCUGCAGCGAGGGCACCAUCGAGUCCUGCACCUGCGACUACAGCCACCAGACGCGCUCACCGCAGGCCAAUCACCAGGCUGGCAGCGUGGCCGGCGUCCGGGAUUGGGAGUGGGGCGGCUGCUCCGACAACAUUGGCUUCGGCUUCAAGUUCUCGCGCGAGUUCGUGGACACCGGCGAGCGCGGACGCAAUCUGCGCGAAAAGAUGAAUCUGCACAACAACGAGGCGGGCCGUGCGCACGUUCAAGCGGAGAUGCGUCAGGAGUGCAAAUGCCACGGCAUGUCCGGCUCGUGUACGGUAAAAACCUGCUGGAUGCGUCUGGCCAAUUUCCGUGUCAUAGGCGACAAUCUGAAGGCGCGCUUCGAUGGCGCCACACGCGUCCAGGUCAGCAACAGUCUGCGGCAGAGCAGCAAUGCCGUCGCCGUCGUCAGCCCCAAUGCGGCGGGCUCCAAUGGCGUUGUGGGUGGCGUCUCCGGCGGCGGCGGCAACGGGCUGCCAGCCUCGGUCAACGGCUACGACGACGAGGAGCGCAUGCUCAACGACCACAUGCCCGAGCUGCUGCUGGACAACAGCCAUCCGAAUAGCAAACAGCAUCAUCCCAAUAUGCCAUCGCCCAACAGUCUGCCGGUGGCGGGCGCCAGAGCACGCGGACAUGGACGCGGUCGCCAGGGUCGCAAACACAACAGAUAUCACUUCCAGCUGAAUCCGCACAAUCCGGAACACAAGCCGCCAGGUCCGAAGGACAUUGUCUAUUUGGAGCCCUCGCCCAGUUUCUGUGAGAAGAACCUAAGGCAGGGCAUUUUGGGCACACACGGACGUCAGUGCAACGACACCUCGCUGGGCGUCGAUGGUUGUGAUCUGAUGUGCUGUGGGCGUGGCUAUCGGACGCAAGAGGUCGUCGUUGUCGAGCGCUGCGCCUGCACCUUCCACUGGUGCUGCGAGGUCAAGUGCAAGCUCUGUCGAACCAAGAAGAUCAUACACACGUGUCUGUAAGGGCCAACCCAAUCCCGCCCCAAACUAGCCUGUCCCCAACCCCCCUCCCCUCCACCUUCCACUUUGUGUUAUGUAUUGUCUACGCUUAGCCUUUGUUAUUAGAAGUUAAGAGCCUAGACUAAAGCCUAGUUAAAGUCCACGACCCGCCCUAAUUCUUAGCUUACAUAACAGCCUACUCUGACUUUUUAGCAGUAUUACAUACAAUUACAUAUAUAUAUCUAUAUCUAUAUAUAUAUUUAUAUAUAUAGCAAGGAUACGAGUUCAUAGACACGACAAGAGAAAAGUGCACAACUUCGUUUUGCCCAGUUUUUAGUUCUAUAAGCAAUACGCAACCCUGGCAGCAAAUUUUUUUUUGUAAAUUACGUUUGCUGUUUUGUAGGCCCCGAUAUGAGUAUAUAGUAUGUACAUAAGUUAAGUCGUAGCUUAGACUUAGUUUUAACAAUUUUAAAAGCGCGUUUAAGCCCCCCUUCCCCCUGCCCCCUUCCCUGACCUCUACCAUUUCCGUUCCAACGAAAAAAUUUUACGAAAUCAUUGAAAACAAGACUGAAAUUCAAUUGCGCGCAGCUGAAACUAUCCCUCUCUCUCUCUAUCUCUAACUCUCUCUUUGUAUGUCUGUCACUCUCUAACAGCAACGAUAAUAACUGAAAUCAUUAGUGAUUACUGUUGUUGUUUAGUUUAACAGCGACGUUGACGCUGGCAGCGCUGCUUGCAUUCCGCUUUGCCCAGCUGCAAAACGCAUGUUAAGCAUACGCCGUGUGUACUCUACGUAACCAGGGCAUGGGAAACGUUCAUCGGAACGGAACCAGUUCGGCACUUGAACCGUGAACCAGCUCGAAACGUUUCUGCAUGCCAGCGUAUUUCAUAAAUAUUGUGUACAUAAAUAAGUGUAUUUAGUUUAAUGAGUGUGUGUUUUUAGGUUAAGUUUUCGCUUGUAAGUAAUUACAAAAAAUGUACGCUAGAUGGCGCCACACAAACAAUUAUUUUAUUCUGUUAUUUCUCCAUGGAAUUUAUGAAAUUUGCACAAAAGAAAUUAUAUAAUUUAACUAUUUUUUGUACAACUGCCGCUACGAAAUUACAUAUAUCUAUUAUAUAUGUAUGUUGCCCUUUCGGUUGUGCGUUCUAGGUAUUACUAAUAAUUAAUUAAUUGGUAAUUUAAUAAUUAACUAGCCGACUAAUUCAAGUAUUUUUAAUUAAUUUAUAUUAGCGCAUAGACUACAUACAAUAUUGUAAAGUAUUAAAAAGAUAAAGAGAAAAACAACAACAAAUUGCAGCAAAUGCAAGACACAAAU